GUUAAGCAAGUGGGACGAAAGGUGAUGGCUUGCGGCAGUGUUCAGCCGUAUUCGUUCGAACUCAUGUGUCAUGUUAUGACACCAUCGAAAUUAAAGUCAAACAUGUAGAAACACCCGGAAAAAAAAUAAUUUGUAAAUAAAGACUCGUCAUCCGUCUUUUUUAUUUGCAUUAGAGAAGUCGACGUCUUGAAAGAGUAACCCGAAAAAGGCAGCAAGAAGUUUAGUUUGGAGUAUCACUUGUACCGUAAUCCCCCUGGUAUCCGAUGUGCAAAACAAGCAAUGAAAACGCAGAUGACACCGGAAAAAUAAGUAAAUAAACACUCAUUCCUCUCACGCCAAGCCGCACCGCGUUCCUCAGGCGCGCCGAGUGUUCCUUAAGUGCCAAUUUUGCCAAGUUAGUGUUAUCAUUGGUGUCUUCGGUGCCUCCUGUCGCACUCUGAAGUUGCCUGCGGCUGUUGGGGAUUUACGACCCUGUUCAGAAAAGCGAGUCAAAACACGGUGUCAGUGGAUUACCCAGUGUUCUAAGAAUAUAGAAGUUAAAGAAGGGAGUAGCAAGUAUUUUAUUCUGCCAAGUGUAGAAGGGAGUGUCUGGAGUGAAGGAGUGGAGACUGGAGGUGGAGUUCGCGGGCAGGAGGUCCAUCUUACGCCAAGGUGGAGUCCCCAGCAUCGCCACCACACCCAUGUGUCCCGCCACUCAUGCCCGCUAACGCUCCCGACGACCUCGCGACGCCCGCGCCCGCGCCGAGCAUGAGGAGCCAGCUCAGUCACGCCCAUUCUGAGGUGCGGCUGGGCGUGGAGCUGUGGGAAGUGGGCGAGCCGCUGGGUCGUGCUGCCGGGGAUCCAGGCGGCGGCGAGGGCGUAGGGGGCGCCUUGAGCCCCCCGGGUGAUUCCCAGGGGGGUCCAGGCGGGCCCGGAACCACCCGCAGUGACUCUUCGCGAAGCGACACCUCGUCCUCAGGAGCCUCGUCUUCGUGCUGCUCCUCCUCAGGCGGUCCCCGCCGUCCCUGCCUGCACGCGGCCUUGUCCGACCCUGGCUACGAGUCGGCGCAUCUCCCCGACGACGACCGCGACGACCCCGAGCACUUACGGCGGCAGCAGCAGCAGCUCUGCCACAGUGGGGGGGGCAUGUCCCUGCGGGAGCGCUGCGAGGGGCGCGACGGCUCCCCGCUGCACCAAGGCCUCACGCGGUCGCGCUCCUUCGGCGGCCUCCUGAGUCACCGCAGGUCGGGCUCCGAGGCGGGCUCCCCGCAGCAGACGCUGGGGCGGGCGGGAUGGGCAGGCGCGGGCGUGCUGGGGCAGGCCGUGUCGUCGCCCCGGGACGUACGCCGCGUGCUGUCGCUCCCGCCGCACGUCAAGGUUCCCAAGUCGCCGCGGCCGGAACGCGCGGCGCAGAUCAGCGCGAGCGUGGCCGCCGGCCUUCGGGAGUGCGUGUCCGUCACCCGGCAGGACCUCGACUCGCUCCGACAGACACAACAGGAUUCCCAGCUGCAGCAGCAAAUAAAAGCAGCCGAGCGCUACCUCAAGAGGAUAGAGUAUCAUCUGAGUAAACUGGAAGAUUUGCAAGACCAGUACACGCUGCACCAGAAACUGCGUGAUGGGGUCAGAACAAUGGCAUAUGCUUAUGCCCUUUCACCUGGGAAGGAGAAAGCAUCUGCUCUCAGUAAUGUACGUUCAGGGUAUAGGGAAUGUACAGAAACACUUUGUGCGCUGGAAGUCCAGAUCGAGCAGUUGAUUGGUACAUUAACAUUAGAAAUGAAAGGUAUUCAAGGUUUUGCACGAUUGUGUCCAGGAGAUGUGUUUGAAGUAACCCUAAAGCAUGGGACACAGAAGUGGAAGUCUCGUGGACGAGUGUGCAAGGACAACUCUCAGACGUGGGACAACCAGAGGACUGUCAUCAAGGGACUUAUUGGGGAAAUGUUGCUUAUAAAGGCAGUUGAAGUUCGAGUUUUGGGUAAGACGGUUGUGAUAGGCAACAAGGUGUGUGAGACGAAAGACCUCUUCUCACCACAUCCACAGCUCAUGACUGUCAACCUUAAUCCUUCUGGCUCACUUAAACUCAACAUUGUUAUUACGUGGAACCCACUUGAUGGUGUAGUUGAGGACACCUUGGUCAGAACACCAAGCAUGUCUGCUACAUCACCUGGCAAUAAGCGCAGAACACCAGUACUGCAUACCCUCAGCUCAUCCCCUCCACACACUGUUGGAAGUGUUCCCUCCGGCAAGGACAGUGGUUUGUCCCCAGAGUGUGAUCACGAUAGCAGUUUUGGUAGUAUGUCCGCACGUAGCUCAACUGCAGACAGUGCAAGUCCAUUGUCUGAAUAUCGAGGUCUGCUCUCUUCUCACGCUGCAUUGUCUACAAGAACAGAUAGCAACAGUCCUGUCUCUGAUUACCAGGGACUUUCAAGGAGAACAGACAGUCAGGAUUCUAUACUAUUUGAUGGGCGAGAUUCAGCUAGCCCACAGUGUGACAAUACUGGAAACUUCACUCUUGUACGGAAGAAGGAGAGUCGUGUUGAGCAGUGGGCUAGAUACUCACAGUUCAGCAUCUCUCAGGGCUCUAACAUGGAUCUGAUGUCUCGAUCCUUCUCCCACAUGUCCUCAUACUCAGCUGGUCUCUCUCCCACAAUGUCCCAGUCCCUUUCUCACCAACUGGACCUGCUCGGCACAGAGCCCGAGUCACUAAGAUGGGGGGAUGGGCAGCAUUGGGAUGAGGCCAACCCACCUCUUACUCUUAAAAAGGUUGUAAGUCGACUGCGAACUUGCUUAGAAGACAUCCAGGGACAAUUUCCACAGCUUCAUACUUUGGAGGAGGCUGUCUUGGAACUGGAUGAUAUGUGCAGGAAUUGCCGAAGCAGACGUGACAGCAACACUUCCGAAAUUAGCCUUUCAGUUGAAUCUGCGUUAGAAUGCUUCGACUUCCUUAAUGCUGAAUGUGAUGAUGAUUUUGAAGAUGAUAAUCCAGAUGCAUGUGAGGAAAAGAAGAAAAAAGAAGCAGCAGCUGUGUUUGCAGGUCCAUCAUUACCAGACACAAGUCAGCCUCUGGUCACUGGUACACCGCAGUUGGAUUCUUUCCUCUACACUCAUCUGAAACAUGCUCUUCAGUUGUUGCAACAUCUUGGAUCAUUUGGGCCCCUCAGGAGUAAGGAACGACACUCAUUACAGCUCCUGGAGAAUGAAGGGCAACUUGUGGCAAGAGUUUUAGCUCAUAGACACAACUUUGACAGUCUUAAACCACAGCAUAUUAUCACAGUUCCACAUGUACAGGUUCUCUGGGACUCUGUGUCUGGAGGAGAUGAUUGGUGCAUCCAAGGACAAGCAGUUGUAAAUGGCUUACAGCAGCUCGUGUCAACUUUAGUGGAUCCAACAGUACCAGGUUUAGCAAGAAGAGUGCUGGAAGACAUUGUAAGAUCAAUGACUGAUUGUGAAGAAUAUGAUGGAAAUUCAGUAGUGACUGUUGGCCACUUCCUUCAACACCUGCAUCGGCCUCUUCAGCACACUGUGCCAGCUACAGCACACAAUCUUGCAAUUGCUGACCUUCUGCUGUCUGCAAACACAGCAAAAGUGGAAGCUGGUCUGCAACAAAUCAAAGAACCCACAAAUUUCCACAUCAAGAUUAUUGGUCAUCUGCUAGCAGGCCCAUCUGAGCUGCGCCAUGUUACAACCAAUUUUGUAAAUGGUCUAGCCCAUGAUAACCAACUAAUGAACAUGAUUCUCGAGUUGUGUCUCUUACUCUUGGAAUCUGGCCGUACAAGUGACCGUGAGGCAGCCUGUGUCCUGCUAGGUGUAUUAGCACCAAUUGUCCCCUUAAACACAGAAAAUAAAGAGACUGAUUCAAAAAGAUCAAGCAAGAGCUCCAACAAAGCCAAGAAACAUUCCUCAGCAAGUCAGGAAGGAACCCCUGAAUGGCCCAACCCCAUUGAGGUUUUGUCAUUCUUGCAACAGAACGAUUCCAGUGGGGAAGUAAGGGAAGCGGCGAGGCGAGGACUGCUCAGUUUGGGUGCAGAGGGUCAGACAGCACUGCAACAAGUCCAGCUUUCAUCACAUGGGUUUCAAGGCAUUGAAGUAAAGGAAAGAACCAAGCUGUAAGGCAAUUAAUGCUCUACUUCUGUGGGUACAGCACAGCGGUGCAGCUUAGAGUGGGCAGAGUUAGUAAAUCAAACCCUUUUCCAGUACUGAUAGUGUCUGGAAAUGCUAUAUACAAAGAAGAGCAUUGAAAUUUCCUCUUUUCAUUAUUUUUUAAAUAUGUAUAGUUCAACUAUUUCAUGUAUAUGUUGUUCCUCUAUAUUGCUUUUCCAGCUUUUUUUCUGGAAUAAAUAUGAUAAAGUGCUGAUUGGUAAUAUUAUUGGUUAAAACAAAAUGUUUGAUUAAUGCUAGAUACUGUAUAUGUAUACCAUGCCAAUAAUAGGUCUUAGCCAACAGCUGUUCACUCAACCCUCUAUUAUCUGAGUAAAAAUAUAAAUAUAUAUAUUAAUUUUUGAAAUGCAAAUGUGAUAUGUGUAAAUAAAUAAAUAAAUAUGUUAUAUUUAAUACAUUAUCAAAAACUUAUCUAUAAACAUAUAGAUGCAUGUCAGGGCUAAUGACUCACUGAUUUUGCCGUUCUUGGACAAUAGAGGAGUGUGUUAAUAUGCUACAUCUGCUCUCUAGCAUAACUCAGUGAGCCUAAGAACUUGCUAUUAUACAAUGAGUUAUGCACAAUUUACUGUAACCAGUGAAAUGUUUUUACAACACUUUCUUAGUGUUAUUGAGGUGUAUUUUUUUUUUUUUUUAAGCACCAUAUACUCUAUGCCAUUUUACAUACUGCAUGUAUAAAUCUUGUACCAUCUUACAAAUUUAUUUUAUAUGUGAUUUAUGAUUUCCAGCAAAUUUUAUCUAGUCCUGUAAUAUGUAAGUGCAAUUUUUAAUUCAUAUACUUGAAUCAUUUGCUUGCAAGUCUUUGUUUGAUGGACUUUGCAAUUUCCAUGUUACUGUUAUAUGAUGCUUGUAACAUGUAUUCAAAUAGAUUAGGGAAGACAUGAAAAGAAAAAAAUUCCACCCACAGUGAGUACUACAACUCUGGCUUUCACCCAACCCAUGUGUGAUUGUGCUUACUGUUGUCAAUAGCAAUGUAUGUUGCAGCACCUGCAGCCCUGUUGUUCCUGUAUAUACUGUAUGUUAAAACAUUGUUCACCCUGUAUAUUGUUCUCCUAGCAUAAGUGUGAAAAUAUUAUACACUGUCAUUUUAUGUGUAAAAUAAAAUGAUUGUCAGUUGCAUUUGUUUCAAAGACAAUACAGCCUCAACCUUCUGCAACAGUUGGGAGUAGUUAUAAACCAAACUGAAGAUCAAUAGUUUUAUUAAAUAUCUUAGCAUUUUAUCUUGUUGGUACCACUUCUGCUAGUUUUGAGAUAAAAUGAACCCUAUGGAAUGCCAUGCAUAAAAUAUAUGUUGUAUAAAAAAUGUGUAUAUUAAAGAUAAAAUACAUACA